AGCCGGCGGAGAGGCCCUGAGCAAAUCAGAUCGCAGGAAAGAAACUGCCGGCUUUCAAAAAUUCUCCCUCGCCGCCAUCAUCGAUCGGCGGCCUGGAGGCGCAGGUGCUGUUGGCGGAGACUGGGGCGAGACGCGUCCUGGGGAGGACGUUUGACAAAGCGGCAGAGACCAUGGCAUCUGAGGAUAUUGCCAAGCUCGCCGAAAGCCUGGCCAGAACCCAGGUGGGCGGAGGACAGCUGAGCUUCAAAGGCGAAAGCCUGAAACUGAACACGGCAGAAGAUGCUCAGGAGGUGAUUAAACAGAUAGAGGCGUUCGAUGGGCUGGAGGCCCUGCGUUUUGAAGGCAACACAGUGGGUGUGGAGGCGGCCAAAGUCAUCGCCAAGGCCCUGGAGAAGAAAUCGGAGCUGAAGCGAUGCCACUGGAGCGACAUGUUCACCGGGAGGCUGAGGUCAGAGAUCCCUCCUGCCCUGAUCUCCCUGGGGGAGGCCCUCAUCACAGCGGGGGCGCAGUUGGUGGAACUGGACCUGAGCGACAACGCCUUUGGGCCGGACGGCGUGCGAGGCUUCGAGGCCCUACUCAAGAGCUCAGCUUGUUUCACGCUUCAGGAGCUGAAGCUCAACAACUGUGGCAUGGGCAUCGGUGGUGGCAAGAUCUUGGCAGCAGCUCUGACUGAAUGCCACCGGAAAUCCAGCACCCUGGGCAAGCCGCUGGCCCUGAAGGUCUUCGUGGCCGGCAGAAACCGCCUAGAGAAUGAUGGUGCCACCUCCUUGGCCGAAGCAUUUGGGAUCAUCGGGACCCUGGAGGAAAUCCACAUGCCUCAGAAUGGGAUCAACCACCCCGGGGUCACGGCGCUCGCUCAGGCCUUUGCCACCAACUCCCUGCUGAGAGUCAUCAACCUGAACGACAACACCUUCACCGAGAAGGGGGCAGUGGCCAUGGCCGAGACCCUGAAGAUCCUGAGACAGGUGGAGGUGAUCAAUUUUGGGGACUGCCUGGUACGUUCCCGAGGGGCCCUGGCCAUCGCCGAAGCCGUGAAGGAGGGGCUGCACAGGCUGAAGGAGCUGAACUUGUCCUUCUGUGAAAUCAAACGAGACUCCGCACUGGCCAUCGCAGAGGCCGUUGAGGACAAAUCAGAACUGGAAAAAUUGGAUCUCAAUGGGAAUGCUUUAGGAGAGGAAGGCUGUGAGCAGCUUCAGGAGAUCUUGGAAGGCUUCAACAUGGCCCACACACUGGCCUCACUCAGUGAUGAUGAAGGAGAUGAUGAGGAAGUGGAGGAGGAAGAGGAAGUGGAGGAGGAAGAGGAGGAAGAGGAAGUUGAAGUUGAGGAAGAGGAGGAGGAAGAGGAGGAAGAAGAGGAGGAAGAGCUUCAGCAAGGCCGAGAAGUGACCACGACCCCAAAGAAGAUUCUGGAUACACACGUUGGGGAACCUGCUUCCGUGACGUGUUCUCCAUCCGACAUCUCCACAUUCCUCGCUUUCCCGUCUCAAAAGCUUCUGCACCUUGGGCCCAAGAGCUCCAUGUUGAUAGCCCAGCAGACAGAUACAUCUGAUCCAGAAAAGGUGGUUUCGGCUUUUCUGAAGGUCUCCUCUGUGUUCAAGGAUGAGCUGGCAGUGAAGACAGCCGUUCAGGAGGCAGUGGAUGCCCUGAUGAAGAAAGCCUUCGAUUCAGCCGCCUUCAACUCCAGUGUGUUCAUCACCAGGCUCUUAAUACACAUGGGGCUUCUCAAGAGCGAGGAUAAGAUCAAGGCAAUCCCCAAUCUCUACGGCCCCCUCAUGGCCCUCAACCACAUGGCCCAGCAGGACUACUUCCCCAAGACCCUUACACCCAUCCUCCUGGCCUUUGUGACCAAGCCCAAUCGGGCCCUGGAGUCCUGCUCCCUUGCUCGCCACAACCUCCUGCAAACCCUCCACCACGUCUAGUCGCUAAGAGGCCGGGCCUCUGCUGUCGUUCCCCAUGAACGUUAUGACCUGAGAGCCCCUGCCCAGGCCCAGAGGACGAGUGUGUGUGUCUGGCGUCACUUCCACUGAAGAUACCCUUCCCCUCCUCCCCCCGGGACGCCGAGGGGACGCUGCUUCUGUUUGGCCUGCCGGCCCUGGCCGGGCCGGGCUUGUGGGAUUUUUAAUGACGUCUCUGUUGUGAAUCACCUCGGCCUGCCUCAGGGGAGCUGGCCUCGGACACUUGCUUCCACCCUGCCUGCUCGCGGAGUCAGUCAGUGGCCCCUUCAUUAAAUGCUGUUCCCUGCCCUCACCUCACGCCGGCCUGCCUGGAUCUCCCCUGGCCAUCGCUGCCUGUUCUGGGUGCAGCGUGGUAUCCUUAGCUGGCUCGGGGAGCUCCUUGGCCACUUCCUCUCACUAGGAAUCUCGGGAAAGGGGAGCAGCCUUAUCUCUGCCUCCCAGGCUCUGCUCCCGGGAGGACCCCGGAGCACAGUGUGGGAGGCAGACCUGGUGACCCCAGGGCCUGGCCCUUCCUAGUCAGUGACUCGGGGGCCUGUGCCCUCCCAGAGGAGCAGAAGUAGGCAGCACCUGGGUGCCUACUGUCUCCUGUGGUAGCACCAGCCUGGCCUCAGACCUUCUGCUCCGUGGAAGGAGCUGACGGGCUGGGCGCCCUCUGCUGUCCUGGGGCCUGAGCCCCGGCCCUUCGGCGGGGUGCUCAGGAAGGAGCCCUGCCCCACCUGGCUUCUUGGGACUCUGGACUGGAGCAUUCUCAACGGCUCCUCCCCCUCCCCUAUUGGAGACAAGAGACUUGAGCGAGGAAAGGUGUCCACUGUUACUUGUCUCCCUUCUAGCCCAGGCCUCGGUCCAGUCACCUUGUUAGCUGGUCACAGGGCAGCUGGGCCUGUUGGGAGUGCAGUACCCCCAGGGCCCUGAGCAGCCGUUUUCUUCUGGGCCUCAGUGGGUUCCAAGAUGGGCCUGGGUCCCCGUGGCUCUUAACCUUUUCUCUCAGCUUGCUGUGCCUGGGCCCUGCCCAGGGCUUCACUAAUGGACCAAAAUGCUGAGGAGGGAGUUCAGGGAUCCCCCAGGUUGCCCACUCUUCCCUUCACCAUAACUUAGGUUUAUCUUCUGUUUGGCACAGGGGGUCCUGGGAGCAGGCACUGGGCUCAGAGCAUGUCUGCAGGGUCCUGAGCUGGUCUCUGGAGGAGCUGCCGUGCCCUGCCUGUGGUGGUCCCCCAGCUAGCACUGGCUCUGGGGGCCAUGAGAUGCCCAUCCUGCUCUCACCUGUCCCUGCUGUCCUGUGAGCGCUGGCAAAGGUUUGGAGUAGGUCUUUGUCCAGCUUCUCUGGCCUUUACCUGGUUUUAGCCAGUGUCCAUAGGAGUGCUUGUGCCAGGGGGUGGGGGGGUGGCCCUCCUGUCAUCAUGGUGAAGGUCCGGGAGGCCUCGGUCUCCCGCUGUUCUUCCCCACGGUGGCAGAAGGAGUGGGCCCUACCCUGGUUGGCGUAACCCGGAACAGGGCCAGCGAGAGGAAUGGGGAGGAGGCAGGGCUGGGCCCCGUUGGCCUCUUCAGCUGCCUGCUUGACCGUAGGUGCUCGUGUCACGUCAGUCCUCUGCCUGCUCAAAGGGGGUGUUAGGGCAGAGAGGCCUUGGGCCUGUCUAGAAACCCCAAGGAGAGGCUCUGCAGCUGCCCAGCUGUGUGGGCCCAGGGGCUGUCUUCAGGGCUCCGGUGGGUCAGAGGAGGAGGGAAGGCUACAGUAACUCCCCCCAGUGGGCCUAGGCUAGUGUGGCUUUGGAGCUGAGGAGGCCAGCUCUGGUAGAGCCUGCCCCCAGGGUGCCUUUCGCCCCGGUACACCCGCCCUCAUCCAUGUUGGUACUUGUGCUGAUGUGUGAGUAACUGCCCUGCCUGGGCCGGGGCUUAGGGUAGUGUGCAGAAUAAAGUGCUGUGUCGCA